GAGAGUUAUGACUAUUUAAAAAUGGCGGUCACGACGGUUUCAAAACGAAGUACAAAAUAAAUAUGAUAAUAAGACGUGUGCUCUCCUGACAAUAUUCAUUUGAAUUUCGAAUUCCUCAACAAUCAAGUUAUCGUCUUUCGUGAGCGAUGAAACAUGAGUUUUUUGUUUGAUUUCAUUAGAAAUGCUUUCUUCAGUAUGUUGGAAAUAAUCUGGUUUGGUAAAAAGAAAGUUUCUAAUUCAUUAAGUAUUUAUGUGAAAACAAAUACGGGGAAAACACUUCCUGUUGAUUUGGAUCCGAAAUGGGACAUCAAAAAUGUGAAAGAAAUUGUCGCAGAAAAAAUGGGAAUGCCUGUGGAAGAAAUCAAAAUUAUUUUUGCUGGGAAAGAACUGCACAAUUCAACUAUUAUUGAGGAAUGUGAUUUAGGACAACAAAGUAUUUUACAUGCAGUACGAGCUCAUCAUCAGAAAAUGAGCAAACUCAAUACUUCUUCAACAAUUGAAGAAUCGACUUCUGAAAGCUCAGAAUUAAACGACAGUGGUAGUAAACCUCUAAAUGAAACAUUAUCUGAUUUACCUCUGGACGAAUCAGGCGAAUUGGAAUCUUCAACUUCAGAAGAACAGGAGAAGAAUCGGGCGCACUUUUAUGUGUACUGUUCAUCUCCUUGCAGAUCAGUGCAAGCUGGAAAAUUGAGAGUAAAAUGUGCCACCUGCGGAAGUGGAGCAGUUACUGUCGAUAGAGAUCCGCAGUGUUGGCCAGAUGUUUUAUUACCACAAAGGAUAACUGUCCAUUGCGAAAAUGAUUUUUGCGAACCUCAAGUUUCUCCAAACGACGAGACUGAAUCACAAGUGCUUUAUGCGCAUUUUUAUCUUAAAUGUGCUAAGCAUCCUAGUUUAGGAGAAACUGAUGAAGCAGUGCCUUUAUAUCUCAUCAAGCCGAAUUUAGCCAAAAUUCCAUGUCUUGCUUGCACAGAUAUAAGGGAUACUGUUUUGGUUUUUCCUUGUGAAGCUGGUCACGUUACGUGUCUAGAUUGUUUUCGAGAUUAUUGCGCAUCUAGACUCCGUGAAAGACAGUUUCAAUUUGAUACCGUGAGAGGGUAUUAUACUUUGCCUUGUCCUGCUGGAUGCCCGGAUUCUUUUAUUCCUGAAGUGCAUCAUUUUCACAUCUUACCAGAUCAACAGUAUGGACAAUAUCAAAGAUUUGGAACAGAAGAAUAUGUUCUUCGCGAAGGAGGAUUAUUAUGCCCGCAACCUGAUUGUGGAAUGGGAAUAAUACCACCAAAGGUGGAAAAUGGAUACACCGAAGAAGAUUGCCGUAAAGUGCAAUGCAUUGGAGGCUGUGGAUUUGUAUUCUGUAGAAAAUGCUUGCAAGGCUAUCAUGUUGGCGAGUGUGAACCUCAACCUACAUCCUCAAGUUCUAAUUUUGGAUCCGUUGGUUAUGUAGUAGAUCCUUUGAAGGCGAAAGAUGCAAAGUGGGAUGAAGCAAGCAAAAAAACGAUAAAGAUUUCGACGAAACCUUGUCCCAAAUGUAGAACUCCUACUGAAAGAGAUGGCGGAUGUAUGCACAUGGUGUGUACACGAGCAGGCUGUGGAUAUCAAUGGUGUUGGGUGUGCCAAACUACGUGGACGAGAGAAUGCAUGGGCAAUCAUUGGUUUGGUUAGAUGCAAUAUAGAAUUAAUAUUUAUCCCAAACAUCAAAAAAACUUAUUUAUUUAUUAGAAGGUCAAUGGAAGUUAAGGUAAACUUGUCAACUUUCUACAUCACAAUUAAACCUGCACCUUUGUUCUCUAUUAUAUUCGCGGCUUUAUAAAUACAGAUUUUCUAAAUAGAA